CAUCUAGCUCUUCUGCACGUUCGGAUAACUAUGGCCCAGCUCUUGGCACAAGAAGAAAAAGAAAAAACCACUGCACUAAAAGAUUUAUUGUCCAGGAUCGAUUUAGACGAGCUGAUGAAAAAAGACGAGCCUCCACUGAACUUUCCUGAAACUCUGGAUGGGUUUGAAUAUGCCUUCAAUGAACAUGGUCAGUUGAGACACAUACACACAGGGGAGCCAUUUGUCUUCAACUAUAAAGAGGACCUGCAUAGAUGGAACCAGAAAAGAUAUGAAGCAUUGGGAGAGAUCAUUACAAAGUAUGUUUAUGAACGCCUGGAAAACGACUGCAACCUGAAGAAGGAGAUCCUCCCCGUCGAUUCGACUGUGGAUGAACCGAAAAGCUUUAUUUACAUGAGCGAGGAUGCCCUCACUAACCCAGAGAAGAUCAUGGUUCUCAUCCAGGGCAGUGGAGUGGUGAGGGCAGGCCAGUGGGCUCGGCGCCUCAUCAUUAAUGAAGACCUCAACAGUGGGACGCAGAUACCCUUCAUUAACCGUGCCAAAGAGGAGGGCUACGGGGUGAUUGUGCUGAACCCCAACGAGAACUCUCUGGAGGUGGAGAAGGUUCCGGAUUCAGCCAAGAAACUGUCCCCGGAUGCCUCUGAUGAGCCGGCUGAAAAGAGAGAGAGGAAGGAAGAGCGGGAGAACAAGAAAAAGAAAGACUUUUAUGAGAAGUAUCGCAACCCACAGAAGGAAAGAGAGAUGGAGCACAUCCCGAUACGAGAAAACAGAACUCCAGAGGAACACACUCUCUAUGUGUGGGACCACUUCAUCUCUAAAUCACUUGCGAAAAACAUCUUCAUCGUGGCACACAGCUAUGGCGGCUUAUCAUUCGUGAAUUUGAUGAUUCAGCGAGAAGCAGAAGUGAAGAAUCGUGUCCGUGUGGUGGCCAUGACUGACUCUGUCCAUAACGUCUGGCACCAGGAGGCCAACAAGUCCAUUCGGGACUGGCUCAGAGAGCACUGCUGUAACUGGGUGUCGAGUCCUGAGCCCCUGGAUACUCUGGUGGACCCCAUGCUUAAUGACUGCCCUCGUGUUUCAGCAGAGCAAAGGUGUCCAAUCCUGCUUAAGAAGGGCCACUAUCCUGCAGAUCCUACAGACUUCAACCAGCUAAUGAAGGUCUUCAAGAUCACUACAAACUUCCAGAUGUGUUGGGGCAGGUUGAAGCUGAAGUCUGCAGGAUAUUGGCCCUUCAUAAACAGGAUUGGACACCCCUGCUGUAGGAUAUAA